AUGGCUGUAAUGCACGAGUCCAUUGACGAUCCACAGUUGGUGGCGGCCGCCAACGUGUUCGUAGAUGACAUAAUCGAGACCGCCAAAGUCGAAGCAGCCCAACGAACCAUGACCAAAUGCAAUGGAGGAUCUCAUUUAUUUGAAUCAAAUAUAAAGAAAAUUAAUGAAUGGCAGAAUCGAGCUAAAGGUGUGUUUAGACGUUUCAUGACAACCAUAUGUGUAAGAUUUCAAGAUCUUACCUCCAAAUAA